AUGUCGUCCAUCACAUCAACAGUCGCGCCAAUGGAUACCUACAAGAACCUCAACGGCUUCGACUAUAUGCCUCACUACCAGCACUAUGCCGCAGUUCUCGAGGCCGGUGGAUUGCAGUUGUCCAGUCCAGAACAACGAUAUCUCAUCGAUGUGAUACGAAAAGAGACAGCGACGCCUGCAAAGAAGAUGAAUCAAGGACAUGGACGUCGAUCAACGAAGCACUAUAUCGUGCAGCCUCCGACUCCUCGUUCACAGCUGGCGACUCCCAAACGGAAUGAGAUUUCUCAAUACUGCAGCUUGCGUAUUACGAGUCAAGUAGAGGAUCUCCUUCGCUCGCUCCUUGGAGAUCGUGACCGGGUUGUGGAACGAGCGAGCGGUCCUUCCGUUCAAUCCCCAGCACCAGCGAGGUCCGGCCAUUCCACAAGCGCCAAAGAAGUCCAGGAGUCGGUGUCGACAGGACAUGCCGCCAUAUUGAUUCCCUUUUCAGAUGACGAGGAAGACCAGAAACCUUACAUCAAACAGGAUGACGACGAGGACGAGAGGUGA